ACUAACACUUUAUGGAACUGAACCAAGUUAUUCUGAAAAAAUGGAAAUAAUCGUAACAUUGAACUUCACAUUCAUCGACGAUAUUAUCUCCGGAGUGACAAGUUCAAUGAUAGCAAUUUAAACACUAUUAUGUAUGCAAACGGCGCGUGCGCUGCGUCUGCACAUCCAUAUCAAGCAGCUUACCGCUAUAUACAUUUGACAUCACUCUCUAACAUCAAAAGUUUUCCUUCGGAUAGAACAGGACAGAACAUCUGGAUCACGUAUUCGCCGAAUCAGGGUAUGGUGUCACAAACAACAGAAAAGGCGCCUUAAGCUUACGUUUCUAAAACGUCUGUAUAUCAAAUAGCGUCGUUAAAACUUAGGCCUCUUUGAACUCAGGACUGUUAGGAGGAUACGUAUCAAAUAGCUUUCCCUUACGCUUCCACCUCCCAAUAAUAAAAGAUCGUAAGUGCACGAUUGAGUGGUACAUACCAAGACAAUCCGUACCGGAACUGCGAACUACGUGCUGAAUUUGAAAUAGCUGUAUAAAAGCCAUUGGGUCCUUGUCGAAACUAUCACAAUCUCACCAAACGUUCUCCAGUGAACACCAGGAGUAAAAAAAAACAAAAUGGCAUCAAUUAAAGUGGUGUGUUUAUUUGUUGUAUUAUUCGGAGCGGCCAUGGCUCAGCCCUCCAAACAAGGAUUUUGGAAAGGAACGCCCAUGGACGGCAUGGUCGAGGAGAUGAGAUCUGGCUGCGCUGAAGGAUCCGACCCAACAGCGUGCAUUAAAUACAAGGUUAUGUCCUUGUUAGACAGUAUCUUCAAGAAGGACACUUUCCAGAUCUCAGAUACCGUCGAAGUCACGAAGAACGGUGCAGGUAACGAAGCCACCGGUCGUUCUACUGGCGACUUCAUGGACUCCAUCGAAAACUACAUCCAAUCUCACGAUGUUACCUUCCAAUUGCCUAUCGCUGACACUAAGGUCACAGUGAGCCCUAGAAACCUUGAUAGCGAUGAACUUAGCCUAAACAUCAAGUUCAACAAGGAAGGCGCACGCUCAGUCGGCGAGGCUCGCAAGGCUAAGCUCAAGAAGAUCAUUGUCCCCAUCCUGGUGUUCGUUCUCCUCAAGGCCAUGACUCUCAUCCCUCUAGCUAUCGGAGUCCUCGGUCUGAAGGCUUGGAACGCUCUGCAGCUGUCGUUCUUCUCUUUCGUCGUAUCCGUCGCUCUGGCCAUCUUCCAGCUCUGCAAGAAGUUUACCCAGAUUGCUGCGGACAACUCGCACCCGCAGAUCGCCGCUCACGGACCAUGGGAUGCCGCCUACGCUGCCACUCGUCAUAGAAGAGACGCUGAGCCCCAAGAAUUGGCUCAGGAACUCGCUUACAACGCAUAUCACUAAACAGUCCUUGAAGACGAUAUGAGGGAAAAUACCAAACCAAGGAGACCUCUUUUAGCAUAUUUAAGGAACUGGCCCUCAUGUCUUCGUUCGACUGGAUAACGAUAACCGACCGAUGAUAACCCGACAGCCGUCUGUUUGUCUCCUCGAUCAAGCAAACGGGUACAAACCAAAAAGGUUUUUCGAAACCAUGUAUGUAAAUAGUGUGAAAAUAUUAUUUAUUUAAUUGUGUGCGUGA